CUCGGUUUUUUCACGUACUACACAGUGUCGAUGGGUGAAGUUAACCCAUCCGGUCCGGUACCAAUUGACAGUGUAUUCAUUUAUCGUCCUGACAAGCGUCUUGAGCUCUGGAGAUUCGCAUUCUACAUGUUCCUUCACGCUGGAUGGCUCCACCUGCUGUUCAACCUGGGGGUACAGGUGGUCGUGGGACUACCCCUGGAGAUGGUUCAUGGGAGUUUCAGAAUCGGGGCGGUGUACAUGGCUGGUGUUCUAGCAGGAUCACUCGGUACUUCGGUCUUUGAUACAGAUGUUUACCUAGUCGGAGCUAGUGGAGGAGUUUACGCACUCCUAGCUGCCCACCUUGCUAAUGUACUGCUAAACUACAACAACAUGGAGUUUGGAAUUGUUCGGCUCAUUGGCAUCUUCAUUAUCGCGAGCGCUGACGUUGGUUUUGCAAUCUACGACAGGUAUGCAGCCGAACAGAUGGGCCCACCUGUCUCCUACGUGGCACACCUGACGGGUGCACUGGCCGGUCUGACAAUUGGCCUUCUCGUGCUGAAAAAUUUUGAACAACGCCUGCACGAGCAACUACUCUGGUGGGUUGCACUUGGUGUUUAUGCUGCCUGCACAAUAUUUGCAGUUAUGUACAAUCUCAUGCAUCCAGAUUAUCCAUGACGUGAGGUUAGCUUCGCGUAUGGAAUACCUAGGCAUACGUAACGCGAAGCUUCAUAAAAAGUGUCAAAUAAUUGGUAUUCUCCAGCGGUGUUCACUGGACACGGUGUUGUGGAGAAUUAAAGCCAAAUAAUUAUAAUUCCAUGAGUGAUGGGUGAGAGUGGUGAUGAUGUGGGGUGGCUAAGACAAGGCAAAAAUAUUAGAGAACAAGUACCAAAGAGACAUCCAAGGACGAGAACCCAGUGUUGGUGGUGAUGGUGGUGAAUUGAGGGGCGGCAAGAUGAGCAACACGAUGUACGAAAAAGUAUGUGAGAGCCGCCGAGUGUUCUCAUGGAGAAACGAGAAUUGCUCGCUUGGAAGAGUCUGCGCGGGCUGGUCCGGCAACACUACCAAGUGUCACUCGUUUACACGUGACACACAAUGUACCCAGAAAAUGAAAAAAAGUAAGUAAAAUAAAGACGAAGAAGAGGACCUCCUUCGACUGUGAGGGGGACGGGAGAGUCCGAGGAGACAGUGGCAAGUGAAUAAAUCUCUGGGAAUAGCUGCAAGAACGAAUGGAAAACACGUGUCGCUCCGCAGCCCGACAAAUUGGAAUAAACGUGUAAAUCGAAAAUACGAAUUCAAUUUCUUUUCCAUUUCUGCUCACAGAAAAUUCACUCAAUUCAUCGCCAACUCGUUCUAAUUUUUUUACCCAAUUCCCCAAGAGCAUUAAUUUCUUUUGUAUAUGAAAAAUAAUGGAGGUCAUUUGUAAAAGGAUGCAUUGGUGUGUGUGCAUUUUUUUUUUAUUUAUUCGGAGACGUCUACACGAUCCUCGAUACUAAAAGACUGAAUUUUCUCGCGAAACUAAUUUAAUUAAUGAUACACGUGCGCAAAUCUUUGUUUAACAGUCAAUUCCAAUGAACGUUGGCAGGAGAAAAAUAAGUCUCAUUUUGUUUUCAUUUUUUUUUGUGCCCCCGGGGGGAAGGGAUGUAUGGAUGAUAAUCGGGUGUUCUCGUACACGAGGGGAUAAAUUCAUAUUUCAUGCAAUUCAUUUCUAAAAAUACAAUAAUGCACAGUAUGUAAAUAAGAAUACUAUAAUUACAAAGAUGGAGAAGAUUUUUUUUUUGUCAGUGUCAGUGGGGUGAAUGAUUCAGAUAUGUGUGAAAGAAUAUCAUUGACAAAGAGAAAAAUUAAACUCGAAUGUAUGCGAUUUGGGGGAGCGUCUAUUUGUGUACUUUUAUCGUUGCGUAACUUCCCCUGCGAAUCGUCGUCGCGUGGCCAAGAUAUUUUCCUUUUCUCGUCCUCCUUUGCCUUCUGCAAGAGUUGAGAUCACUGGGAACCCAUGUAACGGAAUUAUUAACGGACACCAAUUGUGCACAAUGGUAAUACACAUAUAUAUUAUUGUCCUUCGGGAAAUAUGAUUCCCUCUAUUACAAUUUGAUUUUUUUUUUUUUUUUGGUGCACCGAGUAUUCCGGUAAACAAACAUCCAACGACUUAGAAACAAAAAACACAUUACCCUCACUCGUGAUGUAGACUUUCCUUCGGCUUCGUAUUUCCAUUAAACUUUUUCCAAUUUUUUCCAGCCUGCAAAGGCACACAAAGAGAAAAGAUAAACAAAAUAUUGAGGCAUUCAAUUGAAACUUUUGCUCACCGCACGUAUUCCCAUGGAUUCCAUUCUCAUUUUUGUAUUAUUGUGUUCUGUAAUUUAUGUCCAUCGUUAAGUUAUUACGUCUUCUUGAUUUAAGUUAUUUAUUUAAAAGAGUCACAACACGGUUACGUCCCCGAGUACUGAAUUUAUCUGUUGCAUAGUCGAUUUACAUUAGAGACAAACAUUCCGAAGAAACCGAUAAAAAUACAGGAGAAAACCCAGUCACAAGAAGAGUUAUAAUAUAAUAUAAUUUACAAUUAAUCUUAAACUCCCAAACCCAGUGGUUAUAACUAGAAUAAAAAGUGUGAAAUCGUGGCAAAUGCUUGAAAAUCAUUACCAAGAGUGAUAAAAGAAUGACAUUGGCAAAUUAAUUGAAGUGGGAAAUGGAUAAUAAUGGGUAUGUACUCAUUGGUGCGUAACUCGAGUUCGAGGAGGUGAAGCAGUUUGUGGUAGAACCGCAUGGUUUCUCUCCUGAUAGAAACCAAUGGAUGUGCACGCCAAUGAGUGGCGCCCAAAUUGGGAAGGAACCCGGUACCGCUGACAAAACGAAUAUAAAAACUAAAAAAAAAGGGUGGAGAUAGGUUAAAGGAGCAUAGCUAAGGUGGUUAGACUGAACUUGGAAAGAUGUGGGAGUGAGGUUUUAGCGGCUAAACUUGCUA